UCUUGAAACAAAAACACUUAAAAUUUCUAACAACCAAAAAAUGGAAUUAAAUAAUUCGAAUAAGGAGAAUUACGAUCCCGUUAAAAGAACCUUUUCAAAUUCCGAUGAAUAUAGAAAUUUUCAGCAAAGAGUAUUUAAAAAUGCAUUAAAUCCUUCACAACGACAUAAUCGAGUCCCGUUAGCUGAAAUUUACAUGAACAUUUUAGAAGAAAUAAUAGAGAUCGAAAAUGCUGAUGAAACCAUCUCACCUGAAAACGAUAGAGAGCUUCGAAAAAAACAUGAAGAAUUCGGCUUUGAUAAAGAAGAAAAAAAAAGUUAUCAAAUAAACAACAAG